GUGCUUGUAAUGUGUGUGUCUUACUGCAUACGUACAUGGUUAAUGUAAAGUACAAUGCAGAUCACAGAAGUCAGUACCGUUUAGUUACGUUUAUUACAUAUAACUACACACAACUGAACACAUAUAAUAACAAAUACACAUAAAUGCAAACAAAUAUAUAUAUGUAUAUGUAUAGAACACUAAAGCCAAACCUCUGACUGGAAUGUGUGAGUUUGUGAGUGGGGCCGGUUAGUGCAGCGUGUGGGUGGAGCUUGUGGGUGGAGCACAUGGCAGAUCACUACACUGUGAGAGUUCCUGGGCACUUUUGCUGUUGUUUUCAUUUUUAUGUCACACUGGAUCUACAGUAACAGUCAGCGUUUACAGUCAGAGUGAUCUUCUGAAGAAGACAAAAGCUCAAAACAGCAGCAUAGAAAAGGUGACAAACAGAAUUUAGGUGAAACAUUCUCUAAAGUCUUUUGAGCAGAAAAAUGGCAGAAAUAGUGUCCGCCAUCAUCACUGGGGUGUCACUGUUGGGAACCACUAUUGAACAGAUAUCCAGAAAUGUGGAAACAGAGAGAAACGUUGCCAUUCAAAUCAGCAACUACAGCAAAAAAUAUAUCUUAAAGAAUCCAAGGGUCUUCACCACCUCUGGCUACACCCACAGCCCCCCACAGCCUAUAGUCAGGAAAGAAACAAGGGAAUCUUCUUCUUUUACCAAAACACCUCACACAGCCUGUGGCUCCGCAGGAGUCCUGACAUACGACGUCUGUGUGGACAACAAGAGCAAGGCCGUCAAACGCCUGGCCAUCAUGUUCUCUGUUCCUUACGACUACAAUCAGUACGAGAACCGGUUUGCUCUGGGCCUUUUCAACGCCAGCCAAACCUGUGAUGAGUCUCUGUUCAACAUGAUGUACAACGGCAAUGGUCCUUUCAUCAGAGAUAAGUGUUCAAGCAGUGAGCAAAAGUAUUCAGAGAAAAAUUUUAUUCUGAAGGGAACGAUGUCUCCCAGAGCCCAAGCCAUCCUUAAGAUGGAAUUUUUGGAUAAUGAUUCAUGCAGACAUUCCCAUUAAAACAAGCAGUUUGUUUAAUCAAUUCCCUGAAAUCUGUGUAUGUACAUAUUAAAAACGUAUAAUGUGUCUGUGCACAUACACUAUAUGGACAAAAGUAUUGGGACACCUACACUUUAUACCCACAUGAGCUUUUAUGACAUCCCAUUCUAAAUCCAUAGACAUUAAUAUGCAGUUGGUCCCCCUUUUUCCACUGUUCUGAAAGCUUUCUACAAGAUCUUGGAGUAUGUCUCGGAUCUUGGAAUUUGUGCCCAUUCAUCCUGAAGAACAUGUGAGGUCAAACACUGAUGUUGGACGAGAGGGCCUGGCUUGCAAUCUCCGUUCUUGUUCAUCCCAAAGGUGUUUGAUGGGGUU